GUCGUCCUCUUCCUCGGAACAUUUCCCGUUCACAUCAUUUUUUGUCUUCUUCCCUUAUUCAAAACCCUAAAAAGCUUCACGCAGGGUUUAAAGGAAAAGACUCUUCAACGUCCUUUUGUUUGUUCAUCCUUGCUCUCUCUCUCUUUUUCUGAAAACUCAUUGACAUCACAUCCUCAGAACCAGUUUUUGAUUAAAGAUGAACUCACUCUCCGUUCGAGUCUCUAAGCUUCUCAGAUUCUCUCCGAUAUCUCCUCUGGCAGUAAGUGCUGAGAAAGGCUCAAGAUUGUGGUUCUCUACUGGUCCGAUCGAUGAAGGUGUGGAAGAAGAUUUCGAAGAAAACAUCUCAGAGAGACCUGAGCUUCAGCCUCAUGGUGUUGAUCCCCGUAAAGGUUGGGGAUUUCGCGGUGUCCAUAGGGCGAUAAUUUGUGGUAAAGUAGGGCAAGCACCGUUACAGAAGAUCUUAAGGAGCGGGAGAACAGUGACGAUCUUCACGGUAGGAACAGGAGGCAUGUUUGACCAGAGGCUUAUGGGAGCAACAAAUCAGCCAAAACCAGCUCAGUGGCAUAGAAUCGCCGUGCACAAUGCGGUGCUUGGCUCUUACGCUGUCCAAAAACUCGCUAAAAACUCAUCAGUGUAUGUGGAAGGUGAUAUUGAGACUAGAGUGUAUAAUGAUAGCAUCAGUAGUGAAGUCAAGAGUAUCCCUGAGAUUUGCAUUCGCCGUGAUGGGAAGAUUCGGUUGAUCAAAUACGGGGAAAGCAUUAGCAAAAUCUCUUUCGAUGAACUAAAAGAAGGAUUGAUUUAAGUCGGAGCAGGAAUAUUCCGGUGGCCGGAGGGAAAAAGGGAAUCGACAAACAGUUUGGUUGUCUUUGUUUUGUCCAUUGUGAGCACCGAGUUCCUUCGUAUGUAGUUCAGGGGCAUUUAUGUAAUUUCGAUCAAAACUAGUGUGUUGAUGUGUUCAUUAGUUUAGUUUUACUAAACUUCCGGUUAACCAAAUCUACGGUUAUUUAGGUUUCACUGCAAUGAACGA